AUGUGGAGUCCAGAGAGGCUUCAGGAGGUUUCAGCCAACAGCAGUGAGAGGAACACCACCGGAGCAGAGGACUGGUCUCAGGUGUAUGAAGCCGUCAGGUGGAUCCAGCUCGUCAUGGCUGUUCUCAGUGUUCUGGGUUCUGGUUCCAUCAUCGUCUGUGUGACCUCACAGAGACUGGGUCGCACGCCGGAGCUGCAGCCUCUCCUCCUGCUCAGUGUGUCCGACCUGCUGCUCGCUGUCUGCUGGACGACCGGAGCCGCUCUGUUCUCUGAACGCUGCAGCAGCCUGAACACAUUCUGUUACCACCUGCACACCGUGGAGCAGGUUCUCUACAUGGCCUCCUUCUUCUACACCCUCAACUAUGUGUUGAACCUCUACACAGGAAUCAGGGACAAGUUCUACAGCUGCAUCAACGGAGUCCCGCUUCAGGAGUCCAGCAGAGCGACCGCCGCGCUGCUCUCCGGGCUGUUUCCUGUUCUGCUGAUGACGCCCGUGUUCAUACAAGGAAACGUCAGCCAAUGUCAGGCCAACUUCAGCGAGCCCUACAGGUGUCUCCUGAUGCACACCGGAGCGCUGUACCUCACCUCGCAGCACCAGCAGCCAAUCACAGCCUGCAGCCGGCUGCACACCUACCGCAUCGCCGUCUUCCUCGCCACCUUCCUCCUCACCCUCCUCAGCAUCAUAGUGCUCGUGGUGAAAGCCCGUCAUUUCUACAGGCGGGUCGUGACGUCAAACGGUUACCUUGGCAACCAGCAGCGGGCCUCCUUCCGCCUGAUGGACCGGCGGAUGCUCCUGUACCCACUGAUCUUCGUCCUCUGUUGGGGUCCAGCGGUGAGUCUGGCUUUUCUCCGGCUGGUGAAGCCCUCAGCUGGUCAGGGAGCCGCCGGCGUCGCCCUCUACAUAUCUCAGGCCUCCACCUCGGCCUCUCAGGGUUUCCUCAACUGUCUGGUCUACGGAUGGACGCGUGGACGACUCCGCCGGGCCGGCAGGAGGGUUUUGUCUCGAGACCGGGACACUCAGACGCCUCUGCUGAGAUCACAGAAGAAGACGAGCUACCAAACACUCCGCACCGGCUGAAAGAGACAGACGUGACAAACUGAAAGUGAAAGUCAGCCGGGGGAAAGUUUGAGCUUUCACUUUCAGUGAGAGGGAAAACACCACGGCCUCAUCUCUGAAGAGGACGAGGACUUCCUCUCUGAACCAGAACCACUGAGGGGAGAAAAAGGGAAGAAGGAGUGGAGGGGGAGUUCACCACGAGAGAAACGGUGACGGAGAAAACAGGAUAUGAAAGAGAUGUGGCUUCUCCUCUGAACUGUAGGCGUAAACGUUGUCGGGUCACAUGACCGCUGUGAGUCCGUCUAGGAGGAGGAGCCUCAUCAGGACCGACGGCUGCCUGGUAGAAGCUGGUUAUCAACGAGCAGUUUGAACAUUAAAGGAAUCUGAAUUAAAACCAAACUAACAGGAUAUUAAAGGAUUUCAUCUGUUUACAUGCAGCACAGAAAAGAAACGUUUAAACGUGUCAUAAAGGACAUAAAGAAAAGAAGGUUGAAUAUGAUGAUGAGGACCAGGUCUUCUCUUAAGUUAAGAGGAUAAAGAUUAAAGGCCUGAGUCUAAACUAAAAGUGGGAUUAUAACUGCAGCGUCCUGAAGCUUUUUGAAGAAAGACUACGUUUGAUAUUUGUAUCAAUAAUUGUUCUUAUGAUGCUGCUGAACUUUCUCCAGAGACACUUCUUCAGUUUCUGAGGAAGAACGAUGCUGAAGCAAGUUAACGCUUUGAGAAAUAUUCCUAAAAUAAAACAUCCGGUUUCUCUCCUCCAUCCCUGGACGCCUGACCUCAUUAUGUGGUGACCAGAGAGGGAACCUGCCUCCUCCUCCUCCUCCUCCCCCAUCCUCCUCCUCCUCCUCCUCCUCCUCCAUCAUCCUCCUCCUCCUCCCCCAUCCUCCUCCUCCUCCUCCUCCUCCCCCCUGCUGUGGGCGUUUGGCCAGAAUCUGCAGAAGAACAAUGGAUUUCCUCUUCAAUCAGAACUCAACUAAUCAGAAAUAGUGAAGUUGAAAAUGUCGCUGCAGGAAUCUUCACUGCAGAUCAACGAGACAGAAAGCAGAGACAUGAAAAGUCUUUUAGCCUGAAUGUAGUGAGGAAGGUUUAAACGAUGACGAUAAAGUAACGGCAGCCGUCAAAGGAGGAUUCACUUUUCUUAAUAUAUUUCAUCUUCUGGUACCUUCUAGUUAAAUAACACGCUGCUUCCUUUGGUUCAGAUGUUUGAUAAACUGUAUAAUACUUCUAUGAGUCUCUGUGGUGUAUGACAAUACUGACUAGACAAUAUGAAAUAAACUAUGGACCAUAAAGUGAAUACAGAAGGAUUAAAGGGGUGAAUCUACGUUGAACAUAUCUGAUCAGUUGUUGAACGCUGACUGUAAUUAAAGGGUUUUCUGACGUAGAACAAGAGAGUAAGUCAGAUUUGAACAAACACAGAGUUCUGCUCACUCACUAAACUCAUUAGAGGAUUAUAUAAUCACAAAGACGUAAUCCGUCAGCGUGUCAUCACACCUGAUUACACUCCUACAGCACUCCGUCUGUUCACGAGCACAAACACUGAUGAAGCCGACAACAGAAACUGAACCAGAGCAGCAGAGAGGACUCUUUGUCCUCAGGAGGAGAUGAGCCACCAAUCAUUGAAUUAUAUGGUGAUAAAUCAAACGUCCAGCUGAAGGAAAAGCAUCCAGAUUCUUGUUUAUUUAAAACACUUUUCAUGUUUAGGGAAAAGACAAUACUUUAACACAUAAAAUACUGGUUUUAUUUAAAACAAUGAAUCUCCUUUCUAUUCUCAUCCUGGACCAUGACUGGCUCAUAAAUCCUGCAGGUAUGCUUAGUCCUGUUCCUUAAGAGAGAAAGAAACCACCUUUAAAAUGAAGAGUCGUUCCUGUGAUCCAGCACGAGAAGGGAGCCGGUUCCUUCUAGUCGGACCUGUACGCUCAGACAUCAGUGAAACUCAUUGUAUUGAUAACACUACUUUGGGUUAACUGUGGAAGUUUUCCUCAUCCUUUCUAUCAAUAACAACAUUAUCAUUAGUCAUGAGAUCUGUGAGGAAGGGAUCUCUAUUUUGGGACAAAAAUUGAACAGAUCUCCAGAUUCCCUAAGACCCGUAAAGGCGUUCCUCAGGGUUCUCUAUUAGGGCCACUGUUGUUCUGCGUAAGCACUUAAAAUGUGGCCUUUUACAUCAUGUCCGUAGUUUUUGUCUGAAAUUGUUGCAUAUUAAAAUAAUUCCGACCUCGUGUUGUGUCAACUUUGUUGUUGUUCGAUGCCAUCAAAAUAUUCAGAACUGGUUUCAAUUCAGCCUUUGUUGCUCAGCAUCAAAAGCCUUCAGGCCUCGUUUCCACACAGUUUUCUUUAGUGUCUGU